ACUACAAAAACAAAUUCGGAUGAUAUCGAAGACAAUCGACAAGGUUUUGCAACCAUGUCGUUUUAGUGACAAGCAAUGUUGUGGGAUCUGGGCCAGGUCCAUGGCAGGACCGCUUGGACUUCGCGGGGAGCUAGUGAAAAUUCUGAGAUUUUGCAGGGUAAGGCGCAGCUUUUGCAAAUCUUGAGGAGGUCAAGAAGUAGGGAAGAAUGGGCAGAUGCGGCUGCUGGCCUUUGUUUGGGGCAAAAAAUGGUUGCUUCCGAGUACGCAAAAACGAUCGAAGAAGCUUGUUGUUUUCGGAAACUUUGGGAAGUAGCGUUGGCUACAUUGGAAGACAUGCGUGAGCAAGGCAUCCCUCGCAAUGCGCCUGUGUAUGUGGCGGCAAUCAGAUCAUGUGGGAAAAGUGCUUGGAGACACGCGCUAUCGUUUUUGGACGAUAUUCAAGCUGAUCGGAUGGAACAGGGAACGGCCUCUCACAAGGCUACAUUGAAAGUGCUAGAACACGCUGGUCGCUGGAAGGAGGUGCUGGCGAUUUUGAAACGGAUGCAACAGAGCGGUCCAACGCCCGGUCUGGAAGAAUAUUCCUUGGCGUUACGGGUUUGUUGCAACAGGAGUCACAGGGUUGUCCAAGAGUUGCAGGCCAGUUUGGACGCUGUCAUACUUGGCAAUCAAGUAGAAAUGUGUGGGCCGGAUGAGUGGCAACAUGUUCUUGAACUUCUACAAGAGUUCGCAGCGAAGAAACUAGUGCCAGAUACGGUGGUUUACAGCUCGGCCAUCCAGAUCUUGGAGAAAAAUUGUUUUUGGGCUUAUGCUUUGCAGCUUCUGGGUGAAUGGCGCCAUGGAGGACACAACAGCGACACAGCCCUCUAUGGCACUACCAUCAGGUGCUGCUUGCGAGACAACCGGCUGGAGGAUGCAAUCUCUUUGAUGAAGGAGGCGAUAAAGUGGGAGCUGCGCCCUGACACAGAGACUUAUGAGGCUUUGAUCCUGGAUUGCAGUCUGGCUGGACAUUGGAAUUGGGCCUUCUUCUUUUUGAAGGACAUGAUCAAGGAUGAUCGGCCCGUGACUUCCACGGUGUACGAGUCUGUCCUCGAGGCAUGUCAGGUGGCUGGAGAAUGGAAGUGGGUGCUGACCGUCUUGAGCCUUUUUGAGGAGGCUAUGCAACCUACCAAAAAGGCAUAUUCAGCAGCACUCUUUGCAUGCCAAGAGGCACAGGAAUGGGAAUGGGUAAAAAUCUUGCAGCAGAAGUUGACGUUGCGAGAGAAGGUUGAAAGCGCCGCCGAAUAUGGCGGCCAGCCUCUCGCUUUGGCUCACCUACAAGCUGUCCAAGGAGACGGAGACGUGAAAAGCACAAGCGUGGCCGCUGCUUUGCAAAUGAGUCGCAGCCACACAAGUUCUUGGCAAGGAGCACUUCUGUUUCUUCGCGAUCUUCAACGACGGCGAAUUCGAGCAACAGCCAUGGCUUUCAACUCAGUGACCGAUGCUUGCAGAAGAGGCGGAGAGAUUCAAAAGGCGCUUGAUUUGCUAGAAGAAAUGCAGCAGGCGGAUUUUGACCCCGACGUUGAAAUCUACAAUGAUCUUGUCAGUGGAUUGCAGCCCGGAAAAGCCAAACAGACUCCACCAGCUAUCCGGCAAAGCUGGUCAAUGGCUCCUGGCAGCUUCAGAAUUGUGAGGUCGCUUCCAGGGAGUCAUUCUGGACAUGCCAAAAAGCGUCGACAAGUUCCGCCGCCGUAGGCGAGCGUGAACUACCUUGAGUUCACGUAAUUGCUGGAUCAAAAAUCAGGUUGUUGCUGAUAUAGCUGGCCCUUCAGUGAGGAUUUGGUGGGAAGGUUCUCAUGGCUCGAAACCUGCAAGGAGUGAGCAGUUUGAUGGGGCAACAAAGUUCUCGGACAAGGUCCUUUGCCCAUAUUAUAGCCUGCUUGCGUAAAGCAUGUCAUGGCUCCGGCUCCGGCUGCUCCGCCUUCUUGCUGCAAGACCACAGGGGAGUUUCGUCUGGAUGCUGGCGCUUGGUUUUUCAUUUGUUUACCCCGACAGUCUUUUGUCAUGUGUCGGGCCUUUUUGGACCACAGGGCUGCUACCGCCAUGUUUGGUCUAUCUCGAGCUGAACCUAGGCCAUUAGAUCAAGAGGAAGAAGACAGCGAAUAAUCCAAAUGAUCGCAAAAGUUGAGCUAUACCAAGUAGUGGUCCAAACAUGUUCUGUUUCUGCCCUGACUUACACAAGUGUAGCACAGACCACGCAGGUAAGCAGAGGGCGCAACACCUGCAACACCCCGAGCUGAAGUUUUAUUCGUUGCAGCUGCAGUGGUUGUGUCUACGCCGCUGCUACAUGCUUCUGCAGCAUGCCCAUUUUGCUCUGCUGAAUUUCACAGCCACAGCUGUGGAGCUCAUCUUUGAAACACUCCUAAGCCCGCCGAACAGCCUGAAGGAGAAAGAAAUAGGCACCUUUGGCGUGUU